UGCUGCGUCUUCUUCCUCCACCUCAUGUCCCUCCUCGUCAUCGUCUUCACCUUUCCUUUCUCCAUCUGCCUCUGCCUCAAGAUAGUUCAGGAGUACGAGCGAGCAAUCAUCUUCCGUCUUGGACGAGCUUUGCCGGACGCUAAAGGACCUGGAUUGUUCUUCAUCGUUCCGUGCACAGACCAAUUUGUCAGGGUCGACCUCAGGACCGUUUCCUUCGAUGUCCCUCCGCAGGAAAUUCUGACGAAGGACUCGGUGACGGUGGCGGUGGACGCUGUGGUGUACUACAGGAUCUCCAACCCCAUGGUCUCCGUCAUCAACGUCGAGAACGCAGCCCGGUCCACCCAACUCCUCGCCCAGACCACCCUCCGAAACAUCCUCGGCACGAAAACUCUGAGCGAGAUAUUGACUGACAGAGAGAGUAUUAGUAGUAUGAUGCAGCACGUGCUAGAUGAAGGAACCGAUCCGUGGGGAGUGCAAGUCGAGAGAGUGGAGAUCAAAGACGUCCGCUUACCAAUUCAGCUACAAAGGGCAAUGGCAGCCGAAGCAGAAGCUACAAGAGAAGCUAAAGCUAAGGUAUCUAUCAUUAUUAUCAUUAUCACCAUUAUUAUUAUUAUCAUUAUUAUUAUUGUUAUUAUUAUUGUUAUUGUUGUUAUUAAUGUUUGA